CGUCGGUCAGCUGGGUGGGUGUCGCAUUCUGGGUAAACAUGGCGAUAUUUAGUGUAUAUGUCGUAAAUAAAGCCGGUGGGCUCAUUUACCAGUAUGAUAACUAUGUUCCCCGAGCAGAAGUUGAGAAAACGUUUAGCUUUCCUCUGGAUUUGGUGUUGAAGAUCCACGACGAAAAAGUGGUUGUUUCAUUUGGGCAGCGAGACGGCAUUCGGGUGGGCCAUGCUGUUUUGUCUAUCAAUGGCGUGGACGUAAACGGAAAGUACACAGCCGAGGGGAAGGAGAUCAUUGAAUACCUGAAGGACGCCACAAACUAUCCGGUUUCCAUACGAUUCGGCAGGGCUCGCCUGACUUCUAACGAAAAACUUAUGCUUGCAUCAAUGUUUCAUUCACUGUUUGCGAUUGGUUCUCAGUUAUCACCGGAAACUGGGAGUUCAGGCAUUGAAAUGCUGGAGACUGAUAGCUUUAAGCUGCACUGUUUUCAAACGCUCACAGGUAUUAAGUUCAUUGUGUUGGCUGACCCGCGGCAGGCUGGUAUUGAUGCACUCCUUCGGAAGAUGUAUGAAAUAUAUUCUGACUUUGCGCUUAAGAAUCCUUUCUACUCUUUGGAGAUGCCAAUAAGAUGUGAGCUCUUCGACCAGAAUCUGAAAAGUGCCUUGGAGAUAGCGGAAAAAGCCGGUACUUUUGGACCUGGCUCUUGAGGAGAUCUGGAGUCUACACACUGGAUGUGAAGUUCCAGUCAUUCCGACGUGGUUCACUUCUGCAUCUGGUGGACAAUAUAGAAUCUGUGUGCUAUUGAUUGAUGGCAAAAUCUUUGCAUUUAUUGUGCUUUUAGUAAAACAGGAAUGAGUGUGGAUUUGAAACAAGCCAGGUGACAUUAAGCGAUCUGUCAGAUGAAGUUCUGGGGAUGUUUUUGAUUGGUCAGGAUGCUCUGCUUUGCAGAAAUUAAUCAGAAGGCAGCGGUUACUGUGGUGCACUUCUGUGAGGGGAAUGCAUGACCUUGAAAUACUGUCCAUGGUGUAAAUAUUACUCUACUGGUACAUGUGUGAAUAUAUUCUGUAUAUAAUGUAUAAAUACAUUCCUGAAUGUC